ACAUGCACUGAUUACACGGCUGUUUGCAGACUGCAUCCAGUCCACGGAAGACUUUCUCUCCUGACACUUGAGGCUGAAAUUCUGGACGGCCAGUGGAAUUUGCUAAAGUUAGGUUGAAAGAAGAUGCAUCACUCAGGACUUCUCACCCUGUUGUGCCUCUUAUCCAUCCCAUAUGGGGCUUACUGUGGUAACAUUUUGGUAUUCCCAGUUGAUGGAAGCCAUUGGAUUAAUAUGGAAGUUCUCAUUGCAGAGCUACAUUCAAAAGGCCACAAUAUAACUGUACUCAGAGGGUCAAAUAGCCUGCAUAUCAAAGAGGAGUCUCCCUACUACACUUCCAUCACUUUUGAAAUGAGCAAUUUUACUGAUCAUUUCUUCAGCAACUUUGCAGUACGUUUGUUGCAAAUUCAAAAAGAAGGAAGAUACUUUUGGAACGAAAUCAUGCUUGGAGAAGAGGUCCUGCAGAAGAUCUCUGAGUACCAUGAAGAGAUCUGCAAUAUGACGGGUCUGAUGUUUGAAAAUGAGGCCCUGAUGAACUCUUUUCAGGAUGCUAAAUACGAUCUGGUUUUGACUGACCCUGCUUUUGGAGGUGGCGUGCUACUGGCACACCGUCUUAGCCUCCCACUUGUUUUCAAUGUCCGUUGGACUAUCCAUGGAGAGGGUCACUUUGACAUCGCCCCCUCCCCUCUAUCUUAUAUUCCCGUUCCUGGAGCACAGCUAACAGACAAGAUGACUUUUAUCCAGAGAAUCAAGAAUGUGCUGACAUAUGCUGUGACUCUCUAUCAGCAGUCAAAAUACUUUGGCCAACCUUACAAAGCCUUCUGUCAGAAGUACUUUGGGCCUGAUCUUGAUUACUUCUCCCUCUUUCAGGAUGCAGACAUCUGGCUCAUGAGAAAUGACUUCACAUUUGAGUUUCCACGACCUACAAUGCCAAACGUGGUCUACAUGGGAGGCUUCCAAUGCAAACCCUCUAAACCACUUCCUAGUGACCUAGAAGAAUUUGUCCAGAGCUCAGGGGAACAUGGCGUCAUUGUCAUGUCUUUAGGAACCAUUUUCGGACAGUUGUUAAGUGAUGUGGCUGAAGAGAUAGCGGCCGCCUUUGCCCAACUGCCUCAAAAAGUCAUUUGGAGGUACACUGGACCUCAGCCUGCUACCCUUGGCAACAACACGUUGCUUGUGAAAUGGAUGCCACAGAACGACCUUCUUGGACAUCCCAAGACUAAGGUGUUUGUAGCCCAUGGAGGGACCAAUGGUGUUCAGGAAGCUAUUUACCAUGGGGUGCCCCUUCUAGGCCUACCUUUAGCUUUUGAUCAGCCUGAUAAUCUCUCCAGGAUGUGGAAAAAGGGAACAGCUGUAAUUGUGGAUUUUUCCAAGUUAGACAGAACUGUGUUUUUGCAGGCACUGAAGGAGGUGCUGUAUAAUCCAUCUUACAGAGAGAACAUGCAGAGACUGUCUAGGUUGCAUCGAGACCAGCCCAUGAAACCUCUGGAUCAAGCAGUCUUCUGGAUUGAGUAUGUUAUGAGGCAUGGAGGCGCUCCUCACUUGCGCACACAGUCCUUCAGGAUGUCCUGGAUGGCCUACCACUCUGUGGAUGUUAUAUUCACACUGCUGGGAGCCGUGUUCAUUAUUUUUUUGCUAACUUUUUUCUUGUUGAGGUUUCUCUGUUGUAGAUUAAUGUUUCAAAAGAAAAUCAAACGGGAGUAAUAUUUGAUUUUCUGCUUUUCUUUUGUAAACAAGAUCUUUUAUUUUUGAAACAAUGAUCCUGUAUACACAUUAUUCAGUUAUCUUAGCCAUUUCCGAAGUAUACAAAAGUUUUCUUUUCCAUUUUCUUAAUUUUAGGUGUGAAAUUAGCCUAAUAAGUCCUUAUUAGCCUACACUGAAAAAAAUGAUAUCUAGGCAAGUGAAGUGAUCUUAAAUGUAUGUGGAUAUAUUUAAUAUUCUUCAUGAUGAAAUUGCUGUAAGCUUAUAAUAAUAUUAUUUAACUUAUUUCUAGACAUUUCUGUGUGUUUAUAAAGUAAAAUUAUCUCCCUAUAUUGGCAGAUAA